CUGCUCAAUGCGGCCACAGUGAGUGCUUGGUCCCACUGGAAACCCCGAGAUCACGUUCUAAUUGUUGGGUUGCGCCCCUUACAGACGCGAAUACCACAUUGUUGUUUUGGGUGCUGGAGGUGUCGGAAAAAGUUGUUUAACAGGUCCGUGUCCCAUGCUUCGUGUCCUGCCCUGAGCUCCCAAGCUGAUCAACACCGUCCAGCUCAAUUCGUUCAAAAUGUCUGGAUCGAAAGCUACGACCCCACGAUCGAGGACUCAUACCGAAAACAAAUCGAGGUAGACGUAAGUUGGUCGACAAUGUAUACUGGAGAUGUGACCUUGACACCGCAGGGACGGAACAAUUCAGCUCCAAUUCACCACCGCGAUCGAUUCACGGUCCAACCCCGGGAACAACACACGAUACUAACAGCGCUCCCCAGAGAACUGUAUAUGAAACAAGGACAAGGCUUCCUCCUCGUCUUCUCCAUCACCAGCAUGUCCUCCCUAAACGAACUCUCCGAACUCCGCGAGCAAAUCAUCCGAAUCAAAGACGACGAAAACGUCCCAAUCGUGAUCGUGGGCAACAAAUCCGACCUGGAAGAAGACCGCGCCGUACCACGCGCUCGCGCCUUCGGCCUAUCGCAAAAAUGGGGCAACGCCCCCUACUACGAGACGUCCGCGCGCCGCCGCGCAAACGUCAACGAAGUCUUCGUCGACCUAUGCCGCCAGAUCAUCCGCAAAGACUCUGAAGCCUCAAAAGGCAGUGGAGACCCCAACCGAAAGCGCGAGGGCCCAAACCGCCAUGACCGCAAGAGGGACACCCGUCGGCCGAAGACCCGCCGCAGUCCGUGUGUCAUUCUUUGA